AUGGCCGAAUCGACGACACUACCACCUCUAUCAAGCCUGAUUCAGCCUGCGAUACGAACAGUGGUAUCUGGUGAGGACAAUUGGAAGGGCAAGACGAGCCCUGCGGAGAGGAGGAAGAUCCAGAACAGGCUCAAUCAGCGAACGUGGACAAGCUCGAAGGGGGCGGCGGCAUUACCGGCCGCCGCCGUGGCCAAUGAUGGCACGACGACCUGCGUAACGAUGAAAAUGUCUCGGCCGGGCCUGUACAAGUCGAAAAAGAGUGAGCGGACGUGCGCUAAGAACAUGACGUUGAUGGCCUUGACAUAUAUUGGGCGGCCGCGGCAAAUGGCAGACAUUCGAGACGAGGACCUGGACGACUUAUACCAGCUGUUCCUACAGCACGCGCAUCAGAGUCGAAAGAGCCCGAGUCCGGAUCCAAUGUCGGACUCACUAAUACGACUUGUGCAGUUCAAUCUGUUCCGCGGUCUGAUGGAGAACAUGAAGACGCUGGGUAUUACCAUGCCCAUGAUCUGUGACGAUGACUGCGUGUCCCCGUUUGGAAGCGAUCCCGUGUACAAUGUCAACACCGCAUGGAAUGUCCCGUACUUUUUGAAGCCAACGGAGACGCAGCUGACACGAGUACACCAUCCCUGGCUCGACUUUCUCCCCCUACCGAGGAUGCGGGAUAACUUGAUUAAAGCCGGGGAUGACUGGGAUGACGAGGCGCUGUGUCUAGAUAUGAUCGGUAACGGAGAUGCGCCAUCUGGACAAGGAGGCAUGAUUCUGUGGGGAGAACCAUGGGAUCCCAAUAGCUGGGAAGUCACGGAAGACUUUGUCGAGAAGUGGCGGUGGAUCCUUGAAGGGUGUGAGGAGAUAAUCAGGUCGUCUAACUAUUGGAGGGCAAAACGAGGUGAGAAAAGACUGAGGGUGAGAAUAUGA